UCGAACCGGGAAACAGUAUUGCUGGUAUUAAGAAUUUAUUUUGCAUUUAACUGCAAAUAUCUAUGUAGAUCAGAUACCACGUACACUCAAACUUAAAGGAGUUCACAACUAUAAAAUAGUAAUAAUUGUAAUUUAUUUUCCUCUAUUUGCAUGCCAUAAUUACAGUGGCCAACUAAUUUGCAUGCACACUUUGUAAAAUAAGUGAUUGUGAACUUGAAAACAGUUUUCGCGCCUUGUCUCAAUUGCUAUUUGGGUGAAACACAAAAAUUUCUUUUUUUUCGAAACUACGAGCAGUGUGCAAAGAAGUGUUUAUAAUGUGCUUUCAAUUUACAUGCAAUGAUUGAAUUUAUAUUUGCGUUUGUAAGAAUAUGCUUUAAGUUUUGUGCUUUGAAAUUUAGCAGAAUAUUUUACCCACAUUGAAUGUGUUAAUUGGGCGUGAAACUUAUAAUUUAAAUAUACAUCUUUACUUAAAAAUAAACAAGCAAUUUGAAAAAAUUCGUAGUUAAGAACAUAAGAACUGCAAACAUCUUUUAAUCAUAAUAAAGGUUGACAUUGAAAAUGAAGAGUAUGAGAGCUUGAUUGAUGUUAAAAGUUUGACUGGAAGCUUUCUCAAUUUACACCCAAUUUAAUAAAAAAAUAAAGUAACUAUAAAACUAAAAUAAAACAAUGGAUUUAUCAGCAAUGCUUUACGUAUGCUUAAUAGCAUUAAGCACUUACACAACAACAGAAAGUAAGCAGAAACCAGGACGGGGAAGGGGCUCAAUGUGGUGGGGUAUAGCUAAGGUGGGGGAACCUAAUAAUAUAUCACCACUUAGCUCAGGUAUUAUGUACAUGGAUCCUGCCAUACACUCCACAUUACGACGGAAACAACGUCGAUUGGUUCGUGAUAACCCCGGCGUAUUGGGAGCUCUUGUUAAAGGUGCAAACCUUGCCAUAAGUGAAUGCCAGCAUCAGUUUCGUAAUCGGCGUUGGAACUGCUCAACCAGAAACUUUAUGCGAGGCAAGAAUUUGUUUGGGAAAAUUGUCGAUCGAGGUUGUCGUGAGACGGGCUUUAUUUAUGCCAUCACCAGUGCCGCUGUCACACAUUCGAUUGCGCGCGCUUGCAGUGAAGGCUCCAUUGAAUCGUGCACCUGUGAUUAUAGCCAUCAGUCGCGAUCGCCCCAAGCGAGCCACCAAGCUGGCAGCGUAGCGGGUGUUCGCGACUGGGAAUGGGGAGGGUGCUCGGAUAAUAUUGGAUUUGGCUUUAAAUUCUCACGUGAUUUCGUAGACACUGGAGAACGUGGACGCAAUUUAAGAGAAAAAAUGAAUUUGCAUAAUAAUGAAGCUGGUCGAGCUCACGUACAAACGGAGAUGCGGCAAGAAUGCAAAUGUCAUGGUAUGUCUGGCUCCUGUACGGUGAAGACAUGCUGGAUGCGUCUUGCAAAUUUUCGAGUAAUUGGCGAUAACCUUAAAGAUCGUUUUGAUGGAGCUUCGCGCGUUAUGAUCAGUAAUAGUUUACGACAAAAUGGAAAUUCUAUAGCAGGCAGUUCACCGAAUUCAAACUCCAUUGGAGUAUCUGGUAUUGCUGUAAGUCCCAAUGCAGCAAGCCUGAAUGCUUUUACCGCAGAUCGUAUGUUAAGCGACCACAUACCUGAGCAUAUAUUAAAAACACAUCCAAAUAUCCCUCCCCUAAGCACACUAAGCAGCCCAAACAGUUUGUCCCGAAAUUCAGUGCGAAAUCGUGGGCGUCAAGGGAAAAAGAAUAAUAGAUACAAUUUUCAGUUGAAACCGCACAAUCCUGAACACAAGCCGCCUGGUCCCAAAGAUAUUGUUUACCUGGAACAAUCACCGAGUUUUUGCGAGAAAAAUUUGCGCCUGGGCAUCCAAGGCACACAUGGACGUCAAUGCAAUGAUACAUCAAUCGGUGUUGAUGGCUGUGAUUUGAUGUGCUGCGGCCGCGGCUAUCGCACGCAAGAGGUUAUGGUCGUUGAACGUUGCGCAUGCACAUUUCAUUGGUGCUGUGAAGUCAAGUGUAAAUUGUGUCGAACGCAAAAGACGAUACACACAUGUCUAUAAGUAGUAAUAUGUAUUUUUCAAAUCGACCCCUAUACCUUCACCAGACUGUCUUUGCCUACAAGUUUUAAAAAGAAAAUACAAAUUUAUUAAGAAAUAAAUGAAGCGCUUACCGAGUCUGCCACAAAUCAUCACCAACAAAUACAUGAAAAUAUGACAGCAUGUGCAGUAAACUUUUGUACGUCAAAGCUGUCCAGCGUAUCUAAAAGCAGAGACUUGAGCAGAGCAGAAACAAGGGUGGGGAUAAAAGAUGUGGUGGCGCCUUCUCUUCUUGUUAUUCCCUGUUUAUUUAUUUAUUUAUUUAUUUUAUACACUUUCAAUUCCGCUCAACAGUUAUCCGCCAUAUGAAAUGGCACUGCAUCAUGUUAGCUGUCAAGUGAUGCGAGUGCACAUAAGUAAUUAUAUCAGUAUUUUAGUGGCAAAGUAGAUAUCUGUAGACAUAUUUAUUUAUAUACAUAUAUGUAUAUGUAUAUAGCAAAACGCCAAUAUAAUAAUCUUAAAUUUCUUUACAUAUAAUAAAUAAUAUGAACAUAAUGCACACUGUAGUAAAUGUUUGUACGUGAGUUUACAAAUUCCGGCCGGCACAGCUUAGAUUUUAUUGUAAUUUUAAAACAUUUUACAAUUAAGUUCGUGCUCAACGUAAUUAUUAAACAAAACCCACCCACUUAAGCGAAUGUAAACGCUUUUAAUUAACAGUAUUAAAUCAAUUGAAAUCUUACGUAGUUUGUAGUAAUCUUAUAAGAAAUAUGCACAAAGUUUCCCAGUUUAUUAUAUCAUAAGUUUCAUUAUACUAUUGUAUAUUUACAUCAAUGUAAUAAAUAUUGUUUUUUGCUGCUCAAUGCACAAAAAUAGGCCUAAACAAAGACUGAACUGUUGUAAAGUACAUAAUUAGGAUUUUUUUGUUUAAAAUGUAGUAUUUUACACUGUCUGGAUGUACAUUAACUUUCAAGCAUUGUUUGCGCCAAUUUGACACAACGUUCAAAUUGAACUGCUAUACAUACAUAUUUACUAUUUGUAUUCAAAUUAACUUAGGAUUUUGGCUCUAUGUAGAAAUCAUAUACCAGCAUUGCAUAUUAACGUUCGUUUUAGCCGGUAGAUGUCACUGUAAGACUGUACACAGAAAAAAAUAGUAAUUGGCAAAAUAACGACUGAUUCAUGGCGUCUGAGGGUUAAAGGACUUCACCAAAAUAGGUUGAAGUUUUUCUACCGGAGUUAUACAAUUCAUUAUAUUUUAAGACCAAAAUAUUCUUGCCAAAACAUUUCGGAAAUAUGUUAAGAUUUACAUGAGCUGGAUCAAUUUGAAAAUACUUCCUUUUGGUGGAAGUUUUAAAAUAUUAUUAUUAUUAUUAUUAAAUUUGUAUAAUAACAAGUUACACAAAUAUAAGGAGGCAGCAGCACUAGCAGCAUGGACCAUCGGCUGUAGUCUUAAAAUAAAAUAAAUAUUAUUAUUCCGACGGAGAAACUGUACCAAUUUUCUUUGUAUCGAGAGUUAAGAACUCUAAUGUAUACGUACAUAGGUACAUAAAGAUGUUGUCUGCACACAAAUAUUGUAUUUAAAAAAGUUACGUUUCUAAUAACAGCUCAGUGCAGAUUUAUGCUUAGUUUGCCUCAUACGAAUGUUAUCUGAACCAGCUAUUCUGUAUAUGUCUACGAUAAUUUUGCCAGUUUCUACGUUAAUUCCCAUUCAUGUGUUAUUUAAUGAGUAGAAAAAUUCAUCACACAUAUCUAACAUAGAUACUAUACAUGUGUAUAUAUAUAUACGCAUAUAAAUACAUAUCUCAAGGAAGAUGUUGUACUUACUCUUAUAGUUGGAAGGAUAGUUAUAUAAUAUUUUAGUCAUACGUAUUUAUAUUUUGUAACUUACACAUAUAUUAGGGUGGAGUGAAUGUUGUUUAGAUCACUAUUGGCUGGCCAGCAGUAAGUUGGCUUUCGUAUAUUAAGAAGUGCCCCGAUGCUAUUAUUUUUGGAAAAACGUUUAAUUCAACUAAGGCGCAUUCAUUAAAGGUGGUGGCGCUAGAUCAACAACAACGUUUUGUACAUAGAAAUAUCAGGACGAAAGAAAGUAGAAAAGAAAAAGGAAGGAACGAACGACUCAUACAUACAUAUUAUACAUUGCACAGUCGACUUGAAUUUGGAGCUAGAAGUAUACACUGUACUAUGAUAGUGCGAAUGGAGCGGCUUUUCGUCAUUGCAUUUUAUUCGGAUGUACACGGCGAAUCAAAAAAUCAGCUGGUUUACCGAUACCACGUUUAAUGGAUUGCCCUUGAAUUUAACAUAUUCGUUUUCACGUUGGUAAUUUAUGUACGUAUGUUUAACACUGCCUGUACGUUCGUACUCUUUGAUUGUUGUUAGUGUUUAGAUCGAUUUCAAAGCGUUUUCAUGGCCUUGCAAAGCAAAUUAAAAACGCUAUUUAGUUUUAUUGACGUAUUUAAUGACAUCAAAUGACUUUCAGUGAAGAGCAUGUAUUAUGAGAGAUACAUAUGUAAGUUGUCUCAGUUUUUAUUAUUUAUUAUUUAAAUUGUUAUUAUUAUUUUAUCUUCGUACUAAAGUGUCAAACUAGCUUUCAAAAAAAAAAAACUUAAAAUCCUUGAUUUAUUAAGUUUAUUAAUGUUCCGUUCCGUUUUGGCAAAUUCAUUUAUGCUUUGGGCACCUCUAACCGUUAUCCUAUUAAGACAAAAUUUUGUGAUUUUAAUUAACUAUUAUAAAGGCAACAUUUCAUUGCUAUACCGUAAAAAAUAUAGUAAAAAAUGUCCUAUACUCCACCUUAAUAUACACAUAUUUUUAUAAGUAAACAUAGUAUGUACUUGGUCGGCUUGAGGAGGUUGUAUAAUGCUGUUUGCCACCUGUGUUAAAUUAAAUCGAAAUCUGUUUAUAUUCUAACAUCUGUAAAUUAUUAGAUUUAAGCUAAACCAAAUACAAUCGGCAACAUGAUUUACUGUAUUGGAAAAUAUGUAUGUUUUUGAGGAGCGGUUGGAAGAAAAAAUAUCUGAAAUGGAGUUGAUCUCUUUUUUGUCAGUACACAUUAUACACAUAUUUGUGUGUGUUAAUGAAUAUUGUUUAUUAUAAAAAACUGUACGUAAAUCAAAGUUUAUUAGGUAAAAGUUGUUUGUGAGUGUAAGAAUAUAAAUCGA